CAUUUCUCUUUUCCUGGGGUUUUUACGCGACCGCCGCGGUUCCUCGCUCGCAGCGGCCAUGUCGAUUCCAUCUUUGCGAGCAGAAGAACCUUCGCAGACAGGGGAAGCGUCUCCCCUGAGGUCGGAGGGGUCACAGUGAGGCAUGUGGACCAUGACCUGCAGUGAACUUUAGCGCCGCAGGCGACGUCACGCCAGCGAAACUCAACCACAAACUGGUUUGGAAAAGAAGCAGAACCAGUUGGUCCACAGAACUUUGCACCUAAUAACAGUCUGAUGAAGGACCCAGCCCCCUGAGGAACUCUUAUUUCCUCCCUCAGACUGAUCUGGUAAAUCUGAUUAAUGAUGUUUGUUCUGGAAUCUGAUGGUGGCGCUGAUGGGAAGACUGGGUGGCGGCCGCGUUCCACUACUACUGCAUCAGCAUUUUUGGCACAAGUUUGGCUGAAUUACUGGACUUCCCUGCCUUGUGUACCACUCUCCACCUCAACUUCAGAAACAAACUUUUAGGACAGGUAUGGACCCUGAGCAACUGAGGGGUCACACGAGGGCCACAUGUGGGCUGGGGCCUCGCUUUGACCUCCUCUGGGAUUAUGAGAACAGACAAACAGAAAUCCCUCUGCCAAUUCUGUAUGACACGACUCACUGAGGCCACGCCCCCGGCCCCUCCCCUUGCUCACCUGGAAAGUCCAGCUGCCUCCCUUUAAGCAAGACAAACACCUGCAACGUUUCAGACAGACAGAUUUGAUUCUCCCAGCAUGGAUUGCCCGACCAUCUACCCAAAGAACUGCUCCCGGAUCCGGGCGGUGGAGAACGCGUUCGGCCCUUCAGGGAGGCCCCUGACUCACCCGGGUCGUGUCCUUCUGGGAGAGGGUCGACUCAUCAAACAGGGGCGCAGGAAGCCGCAGACCAAAGCCUUCUUUCUCUUCAAUGACCUGCUGGUCUACGGCAGCAUGCUCCUGAACGGCCGCUGGCUCAAGAAGCAGAAGAUCCUCCCUCUGGAGGACAUCCAGCUGGAGGACAUAGAGGACGGCUUGACCCUGAAGAACCAGUGGCUGAUCUACACACCACGCAAGUCCUUCUUCGUGUCGGCUUCCUCCCCGGAGGAGAAGCGGGAAUGGAUGGAGCAUAUCGAAAAGUGUCGGCGGAACCUGCUGCGCGACGGCGAGCGGCGGCCGGGUUCCAUCUUCGCAGUGACCUGGAUCCCGGACAACGUGGCCUUCAGAUGCAUGCGCUGCUUUGAGCGCUUCACGGUGACCAACCGCAGACAUCACUGCAGGAAGUGCGGCUUCGUGGUGUGCAACGCCUGCUCCAAGAACAGAGUGGUGGUCCCCAACAUUCACCCCACCAGGAUGAAGAGGGUGUGCUCGCGCUGCUACCAGCAGCCUGGGGAGGGAAGCGAGGCCCCUGUUAGGAUUGAAGAGGUCGUGGACCUGGAGGACAGCAGCAGGGCCGCAUCCAGUGAGGACGAGGACGAGGAGCACAUCUACUGUGUGCCCAGCAACUGGCUGGACGUCCAGGAGGAAAACAUCUAUGACUACCCCAGACUGCUGCUUGAGGGACCCCCGGAAAUCUUCACCAUCCCAACUGAGGCACUUGAGAAUCCCCCAUCGUCCCUUGGCCCUCUGGACCUGGAGACUCCUCCCCAAGAAGAGGAUUGAACAGGCGCCACUUACUCCUUAACAUUUAAAUAAUGCAGACCGUGUUUGAACUGGAACCAACUUUCUGACACGUGAGUCAAUAACACGCUGACUGGAAUCUGUUCAACCAGUUUGCCUCUGCUGGAUGUCAAUGAGCACUUAAGUCCCUCACCCAGUCACCUGUCAAGUGUUGGCAGCCUCUGCCAGCCUGGGUAAACAACACAGUCAAGCGAAGGCAGAAUUUUAGCGUCCCCUAGCGUCAGUGUGGGAUUCCUGCAACAUGACGUUGAAAUUAAAUCAGAACUGUAUACGAGUUUGUUUUUUUAUAUGAAUGUAAUUGUUGUUGUCAAACCAAUGAAGGAACUUUAAUGAAUUUAAAUUUUUAAAUUUUUAAUUUUUAAUGAAUUGUUUUGUGAUGCUUUAAUAUAUCGUUCUGUUUCAAAUAAAGAAGUGAAAAGCUGAUGAUUGGUUCUUCGCUCGAUGAAAUAUAUACUGAUAC